CUUACGAUCUUCAUGCAUAUCCGGAUGAUGCAACACGUGGCAGGGAAAAAUGCCAUUCAAUAUCUCGCAGGGAACGCGUCUCAGUCUUUCUAUUUGACAACGAACAUGGCCUUGAUAUCAGGAUGAGGAUACGCACCUUGGUAUGGGCAUUGGCGCUUGUCCUACCGACUGCUGUAGUGGCAGAUUGUCUACGAUUCGCCGACGCAAACACCAUCAAUCAAGCCUUUAUUGACGGCGGUGCGGGCAAGCAAGUGUUCCUAUGUCCAUCAAGAAUAUAUCGACUACGAGAACCGAUUAUUUUCACAGCGGCUGAUCAAGAACUAGCGACCCAAGGAUACCCCACAGGCUCAGAACGAGCCAUUCUAGAGGUCGCUGAUGACUUCGCAACCGCCAUUCAGGGGGAUUGUCGCCGGUGUGCUAGAACGAAAAUCAAGAGCGUGAUCGUGGACGGGGGUCGGAAAGCUUUGGGCAGGAUUCCCCCUCAUCGCGAGUCGACAGGCCUGGUCGUGAUCGGUGGGAAUGAAGGCCAGGCGAUCCAGCACUGCUCCCUCAGGGACCCAAGAGGUUAUACGGCCAUUCAUGUCAGGGAAGGUGACAACGUGGAUUGCAAGAAUGCCUUGAUCGAGAACAAUGAAAUAGGUCCUGUGGGCGAGGAGUAUCGACCCGACAUUGACGGACCAGACCCCGAAAUAGCUCCUCUGGGCAGACCCCUCGCUGAUGGCUUGUGUAUCGCUUGCAAGAAUAGCAUUGUUCGUGAUAAUACCUUUAUCGACAACACAGACGCUGCCAUCGUGGUUUAUUGCUCUCCUGGUUCCCUCAUUCACGCCAAUAUGAUCAUCGCCCGCAGCAUGUCAGCCAUGGCCGGUAUCCUCAUGGUCGACGCCACUCCAUUUGAUGGCAAUUACAAACUCACGACGGUCAAGGGGAAUAUCAUUGAUGCCCAAGGCAAAAUCAUCCGUGUCGGUAUCGGCGCUGGGCCCCCAGUGCUGUCAGAUGAUACUGAGACCUAUCUUACUGGCGGACGAGUGUUAGCGAAUGGGUUUCGAGGCCCAUAUAUGGGUUUUGGAAUAGCUGCGGCAGGCUUGGACGACUGGAUGAUAAAGGACAACUGGGACGAGGCGACACAUAUCGGAAACCGGUCCGCACGUUGUUUCGAUGACCCAGUGAAUCCAGAUCCCAUUGCAUUCGUCCGACAUCCCAACGUGAAGAAUAGCGAGCUUCAAAGAGAAUUCGUCGAGGAGGCAUUUGAGUAUGUGGUCUGCAUCGAGGCUGAGCAUGAGGCCUCAAGUUCUCCUAUCCCUGUCUUCGAGGAGAAUCCUGUUGAAGAGACACCGACCACAUAUUCAACAGGGUCCGAACCGAUGGACGAGAUUCUCGAGCACUCUCAGCAGCGCAUGUUAGACGCCAUUGAUGCCCUCGGGCGGAGAGUGGAUAUAUUGGCCGAGGCACACCAUCCGAUCGAGGAUGACUCACCAGUGGUUGUCGCCCCUCUUGUGACAGAAACAUUGGGCGAUUUCCAGAAUCGAAUCGACCAACUAGAGAAUAGACAACACGCCAUGCUGGACUCGGCGACUGAGAUGCGCAAGGCAAUCAGAGCUUGGAAUCAACAGCUGAGCAAUAUGAAUGAAUGGGAGUACGAGGUUCUCCUCGACGUCUCCCAUAAGCUAGGUAUCUUCUUGCGCGAAAGCGAAAAGACAGAAACGGACGCGCAGGUCAAUCACGCCAUUCUAUCACGAGCGACGCCAGGCGCGUUGAGUGCGCAUUGGAACUGGAGUUGGACGUUGGUCCUGACCGCGGCCGCGGUCACGACUCUCUUGGGUUAUUGGCGUCUUUCAAGAAGACGGCAUCGUACUAAAAUGCAAUAGACUAG